AUGGCGUCGUUCGCGCCCUCCCCGCACGCGCUCGCGCCGCCGCAUCACCCCCACGCGCGGCGCGGCGCGUCCUCCUCGCGCGCGUCCUCGCGCGCGAUGCGUCAUCGCGCCGUCGUCGUCGCGGCCGCGCCGUCGUCGUCGUCGUCGAAGAAGAAGAAUCUCGACGGAGGGGCGAUUCGCGCGCGAUGGACCGUCGACUCAAAGUACGGCCACAAAGCGGACGCGCUCGCGAUGCUCGGCGAGUGGAUCCACACCGUGGGCGUCGCCGCGGGUUUAGACCCCGCCAAGGUAUCCCUGCACACCGGCGCGCUCGGCGCGAGGGAGAGCGCGAUCGAGCUGACGGUCGACCAGUUCGACGGCGUCGCGUCGCUCGACGCCUUCUUCGCCGCGAUUCCGCACGCGUCGCAUCGCGCGUGGGGCUCGCGCUUCGCGGAGCACGUCGUUGACGGCUCGCCGCGGUGGGAGAUCUUCAGGACGUGCGUCGUCUCCCCGCCGCCGCCGAGCGCGGGCGCGGGCGCGGGCGCGUCGCUGCCCGUCGCCGCCGCGAAGGUGGAGCACGAGAUCGCCGCGUCGACGGACGGCUCAGGCGCGUUGUAG